AUACCAUCAACACGGAUUUAUGCCAGUGGCCACAUAGCGCGGGUAAUCCAAAAUCUUAACUCGUGAGCGUGGAUGUUCUUAUUUCAAAGCACAACGGGGUGCAAUUUCCUCAUGAUAGGUUCAAAGCAAUCAAUGAGAACACGGGAUCUUUUUUGAGGCUAGAUGUUUCGGCCCGGACUUGAAUUCAAUUCAGGGUUGGAAUCUCUCUUGAUUCAGCUUCCUCAGGCGGCGCAGGCCCGCCCAUCUCCAGCAAAAGGAGCAAAAGAACCGGGCGGCGAGAGCUCUGGCGUCUGGGGCCCGACCAGCCAGCUAGCAGAGCCUGAGGACAGAUAUUGGCCGAAGCUAAGAAGUAACGGCAUCUCGCUCCGGCCACUAGCUGAGCUACCAGUACCGAGACUGCUGAGGGCUGCCUUUCAUCAUUUCAAACUAUUCGAAGAUGGCGAGUAAUGUGCCCAGUGCUACUGCUAGAAGUAGAAGCAAGAGAAUGAGGCGUCCCAAGAUGUCGCCAGACUUUGUUUACGAAUCGCCUGUUGCUGCAAAAAGGAGAAGAAAACUUCAGUCAGCUCAAGAAACUAUGAAAAAUCCCACUCGCUCCAAUGGAAAAAAGAAGACAGGAUUCAAAGAUCUUCCAGCUGAAAUAAUUGUUCAGAUCUUGAAAUACUUACCUCUCAAAGGGCUGGUUGCAGCUAGUGGUGUGUGCAAGAAAUGGAGAAAGCUCUGCAAAAACUCAUCACUGUGGAGAUGUGUAUCAUUCAAAGGAAAUAAAGUUGAAAGAUUACGACCAAAGUUCUGGAAGAGACUUGAAAAAUUUGGUACAACCUGCUUGGAUCUUCAUGACUGUCUUGGUUCUGAUAUUUCAUAUGUUAAUACAAUCAAUGCCAUUGUAAAGCUGACCAAUGUCACAGCACUCUACAUAGACAACAUUGAAAAAGGAGACCUUGAUAGAGUUGUAGAGAAGAUGCCUCAACUCAAGAUUCUCCAUGUCAUAUGCCUUCUACCACCAAGAGAUAUUAGGGAAAGAGAAGAUUGCUUGGCAGUAUAUGAUGUUGGCAAGAUGAAGGUGCUGACUAAUCUAGAGGAAUUGAGGAUGAAUUCCUUCUACGGCUUUCAAGUACCCUUCUUUGCAUUAUCUGGAGGAUUUGAUGCAUUAAGUGCUCUCACAAGUCUUAAGAAAUUGGUACUGACUAACUGCCAUGGGUUAGAAGAUGAUGAUUUAGAUUUUCUAAAGACUCUACCAUAUCUGGAACAUUUGGAGCUGGGAACUUGCACAGGUCUUUCAUUUUGUCCUGAACGCUCUUCAUUGACUCAAGUAAGGAACCUUCGGUUUCUCAGUCUAACAAAUGCUCAUUGUGUAUGUCCAGGAAUUCCAUGUGAAUGCAUCGGGCCAUAUCUGAGAGGGUUAAAAAAGUUGAGGAAGCUUUCCCUGAUAAUGUGUCAUACACCCAAUGAUUUUGCUGAGUCACUUCGUGAAUUACCUGAAUUAAAGAGCUUGGAGGUCUGGCCUUGUAUUGACAUGUUCUUAGUUCCUUUUGGUGAAGGCAAUUAUGAAGAGAAGUUCAUUGAUUGUUAUAGCACCAUCUUUCGUGGCUUAGAUCACCUGCCGUCUGUCACUGUUGGUAUACUAGAUGAAGACUGUGAGAUUAUGUACUGUCCUUUCUAUCACAUGUUUGCUGCAAGGAAGGGUAAUCAAACAUGUUUGGCAGGAUUCCCCCCUUAUGAGGACAGCCCGGUCAAUAUAGAAGACAUAGUAGACAUGACAGAUGAUGCCUUUGAAGAGAUACACAGGUCAAGUGAAGCGAGAAUCGCAAUAAGAACUUCAACGUAUAAUACGGUGAAACAGAGAUUAAUUGACCUUUUGCCCACAUCUCGAUUGACAUUUUAUCAGGUUAAGCUGACUUUUGUUGGUUUUAAUGUGAGACAGGAUAUAUUCUACACCCCAAGAAUUGAGGGGCAUUUUAAUAUGCCAGUACUCUCUGAGGUGUGACAUACCAGCACAAUGAUAAAUCACUCUGAUUUGACAAUUCAAUGACUCAGGAAUUGUUUCUUCAGGUAUCACCUUGACCUUGUAUGGUAAUAUUUUUCGAAGCAGCUGAUUUUAAAAUGCCAAAUGCCAGUUGUGUGCCAGCUGAAAAGAGUCCAUAAUGGUGUUUGAUUUUUCUCUGAUCACACAACAUUGCCUGCUGUUCUUGCUACUUAAUAGUUUAAUAGAGCUUUGGUCAAGCAUUAUUCUUUUGAUACAAUACUAACGAUGCAAUUGAAUUAAGAGGUUGGGGUACAUUAAAGUAGUACCAUUGAUUGCAAUAAGAGGAUGAAGUGUGACUUUUUCUCUACAUCCUGCCAAGUACCAAGCAAAAUAUUCUGAUAAAAGAGUUGUUUUAUUUUUAGGACAUGUAAGCUACAUUCUUAAAAUGUUGGAUUCCAUGACAAUGCUUUUCUAACAUUUACACAAAUGGAUAAACUGUACAGUAUAAAGGAAAACAGUGAUCGAAUUGCCUUUGGAAAAGUCAAAGAAAAAAGAUGUAUUUACUAAUCAGAGAUUUUCAGUUUUUUUAUUAUGAUGAUGAUGUGGUCAUUUCUUCGGUGCAAAAUAUAAUUUCAUAGUUUCUUGUUGAAAAAUCAAGAUAUUUGUUGAAAUAUGUCAUUUUGCUUUCUCAGAGAACUGGUGGAUCUACAACACAGGUUUAGAAAUCCUAUAAUCUUUCCAAUAUAUAUUUGUAAUUUCCAAUAAAUGUUUGAGCCUUGCUGCCCCCUCCACAAUAAAUCCACAUAAAAUUUUUGACUGCACGCUCAACUCACGCGCUGCUUUUGAGACAAAUUUGCAGUGCAUGGGUGUGCAGUGACAAAUUUAUGCAACAUUACAUAGUUGCUCAAAAAGUGAGUUCUGGCUAUGAGAUGGGUUUAAAUAACCUGGCUAUAUUAGGGAUAAAGGUAAAGUUUAUUUCUAAAUGUGUCUUCCAUUUUAGAGAAAUUGAUUUUUUUUUCAAAUCUGAUGAAGCGUAAGUCAUUUAUUGACUUUGUGGUGACACUUUCUCCCUAUUUCCCUCUGUUCUUCCUCCUUGGACUUGAGAAAUUAUAUUGUAUCAGAUUUCCCUUUUCAAAAAUUAUUUUGUAGACAUUUUAUGUCGGCUGUUAUGCCUAGACCAUUUAUAUUUCACACCUUGAACAUGAAUGAAACAUUUUGUUAAAUGAUGUCAUAAUUUACUGAGGUAUUAACAGCAAACGUAACUUACAAAGAAUAUGCCACUGGUCUUACUAUAUCAUAACCCCCAUCUUGGGGGAGGGGUUAUUUUUAAAUGUAUGACAUUCAGGUUGAAAAAAAAAUACCACUAGAUUUGCAAAAAGAAAAUAGCAAUAUAAGUGUGUUGUUAUGCUCUAUCUGUGGUGUAAAAUUCUAUGCCAACUCACAAAUUAAAGAAAGAUGGUGACUUGAAGACUUCACUACGUUGCAAUUCGUAAACAAAUGAUCACAGAAUUUGACUCCUCAGUCAAUAUGAUAUUUGUGGGCAUAGCAAUGAAAGGCUGUACACUAUGUAUCUGUGUUUCCUUGACAGAUAUUGCACAUAAGCUAGUAUUAACUUUUAAAGCAAGAUUUGGAAACAUAGUGUAGAAGAGCAAAUAAAAAAGAGAAAUGAUUGAUUAUGUAACAUUUGUUUAGUCCCUGAGAGAGGAUGAAUUGACUAUUACACAAUGGUAAGAUAUGCCUGAAUAUCAAUUAAUGACUAGUGUUGGCAUAAGUUUACUGAGUUGAUUCUUCUUAAUGUGAUGAAAUAAAAGUGAUUUCAGUAUAAUCUGAUUGAGACCAAUUUGAUCCUUCUGACUUUUAAGAUAAUAAAUAGAUAUUCAAUACUUGAAACAAUUUUUAGUGGUUAAUAUUUUACAAUGAACCAAAAUGUAAUUCAGUAUUAUACUCUAGAAAUUUUACCUUCUCUAAAGUAUUUGCAAUGUAUCGCUCUUCAUCGUAAAAAGUAAAUAAUGACCUUUUAAAUUAUUUGAUGUUUGCCUUCUAUUUUUUCCCUAUGCAUGUACAUUUUUUGCCAUAUCAUAUGAAGUAUGAUAAUCACUAUACUCUUGAUGGUUUUCAAAAUAUCAUACAAUUACAGUCUUAUCAUCCAUAAAAGGGUAAUCAAACAUUGACUUAGGCUUAGUUCAUUCCAGAACUUUAUUGGAGCUGACCUGCAUGUUCCCUUGUUUCAUAAAUAUUUCAUCCUAAUGACAUUUUUGGGACUCUUUGAUUCCAUUUUGGAGAGUUUGUAAAUCAAAAUCAAAAUGUUCCUAUAAAUCUUUGUUCUGGAUUUUCCUUGUUCUCGUAUCAAUCGUCCUAUUUAUCAUAGAUCUUCUGGUUUUAUGUACAUCGGUAUCUUAGUCGAAAAGUACUCUUUUCAUUUUGAUAAAGUGUUCAUAGAAGUGUUCGUAAUAAUGUUAUGAAUUAAAAUAACUGUUUGAUCACUGAUCCUUUAGUAAUUCCUAUUAAAACAUGUUUGUAAACAUAAGAUUUUUAGCUUUUGAAAGUGAUAUUUGUGACCAGCCACACCAAACCAACAAUAAGUCACCAGGGAAGUUACGCUGUAAAUAGCCAAAAAGUAAUUUAGUCAUCAAAAGGCAAAAUUUUGAAAAUGAGCUUAUCUGAAAGAAUGAAUAUAUGAAUAUCCAUCAUUUAUUGCUUGAAACAGAAUUCUGAAACAGAAAUACUCAAAAAAAAUUGUUUUGCCCAAUUGAUUAUGGGCUCGGCAGACACUGUGCAUCGUCAUAGCUCUAUCCUUUGCAUCAUUGAACAGGGUAGCAGCAACUCCAAUCUUGUAACUUGUUUUGGUCCGACGUAGCAGGAGUUAGAACUCCUGACCACCCGGUUGUGAGGCAGAUGUUCUAUCAACUGAGCCAACACACCGGUAUAACUAUUCUUCUUCAUACAGUCAAAAUUUGGAGUUGUAAAGCUGAAUGUAUGACAAGAUACAAUAGUUCUUUGACACUAUUUAUUGUGUACUACUUGGGAGUUUCAUUGAGAUUGUACAGUGUGCACGUCUCAUGCUUGAGUGAACCCAGAACUUGAAACCUAAACUCUUGCUGAAUUUCUUCUCCAUUCAGUCAAGUACUUGUGUGGAAUAUUAUUGAUCAAAUAUUUCAAAGUUAUAUAUCAUUUAAAGCUUAGGAUUUGCUUUUUCAAUCUCAAUAAAAAUCGACAAAUUCAUUCUGGGUAACUUAUUGUUGGUUUUAGAGUGGCUGGUCACAUUUGCCAAAUCUAGUCAUAUUUCUUGCCGCCAUAAGGCUUCGGUUUUGGUAACUCAUAAUAACUCAUAAUAUGAUUAUCAUUUUCUGAUUUAAUUGGAACAAAUUGUAUGUUAUGUGAACAUGGCAAUUGUGGAAUGCAAUUAUGUAACCGUCAUUGAUACCUUGUGUAAAUGAAUGCUCAAAUUCAUAUUUGCUGUUUCAAAUAGAAAAUUAAGUCAAUAAUAAUUUGUUUUAUCAAAAUUACUUCCCAAUUUUUUGUGGAAUCUAAUCAGAAUAAAUUUUGAUGUCAAAUCAGUUAAUUCAUCAAAUAAAACACAUUGUUAAAUUAUUUCUUCUCAUCAUAACCAUUUUGGGGCACAUGCAUUAAUCUCAUCUAGUAAAUGAAUUUCAAUUAAGACUUACACUUUUGGGGGAUUUCCCAAAACUAAAUAGGCUUUAAAGAUUUUCUCCUCCGAUUCGUCCUUUUUUUUGUCUCCCUGGAACAAAGUUCAGCAGAGACCAAGUUAUCACUUUUCCCGUUGGUCUGUUAGUAU